AUGCGGUCUGCAGAUGCAACUGCAACAGCCGUGAUCGUCAAUGGCCACUCCGAGGACCCGUCUGAGGUUCCGGUCCCAGCUUCCCGGUUCGAGGGCUUCGAAAGCUCCAAAGGUCUCUGCGAUCUCUGCCAUUCCACUCCGGUCCAAGGUGUCUUGUCGGAUCUCGCAGCUUCAACUUCUCCGUUCUUCGAGGCUCUCUUCCUCCUCUCUGGCUGUGGCUUCAAUCGCCCCAUUGAAGCUGGGAAGCUUGGUGAGCCCGUGAGCCGCCGGCCGGUGUCACUGCCGCUGGUUCCGCUGAUUCCAGCUCGCAUCGCCCAUUGCAUCUCCCGUCGUGGCAGCGUCUCGUUGGGCAAACAGGGCUCGGCUAGGGUGGCGGUGAAAGGAGCGAGGGCUAGGGGAGCCGAGGCGUGCCAUGUCGUCAGAGCCAACGUCUGCGCAACGGAAGGGGCCUACCCUGGGGUUCUUAAAGACGUUGCUGAGCCGGUGCCCCUCUUGGCAGACUCUCCCCUGCUUGUGGGCGGGCUUGCUUUGGAUCUGCGUCGCAGUCACGAGGACGAGGACGACUUGGUUGGUGCAAAGAGAGGCCACAGCUCCCAAGGCUUCGUGUGCUUCCUGCGGCGCUUUCUGCGGCUUGCGGAGUACUUGUCGGGGCUCCUGAAGCGAGCACUGGCAAAGCUCGCACGCAAGGAGCCGGAGGCUGUGACAGAGUGCCGGGUCUUCACCGAGGAGGGCCCUCUGCUGAUUGAGAUUUGGUUGGCAUCCAGCUUUCAGAGCCUCUUCUCCCGUAACCAGCUCCGGUUCUUCAACUUCCUCUUGUCUUCCCGAGCUGAGUGUCAUCCGGCCUCGGCCUGCGUCCUUCUGCCCUUAGUCCGAGGCCUCCUCUCGCAGCUGGAGUGCCAGGAGUGCGAGGCUGUAGCGCUUGCUGGCCUAGCUGCGUGCAAAGAUCUCUUCUCGCUUCCUCCUUUCUUUGCAGAGGGCUGCUUGGACAUGAGAGGUCUCGAUGCAGUUGUCUUUGGUGCAGGGGAGGUCGGCGAGGUGCUGCUUGGGGGCUCCGAACCCGUGAGGUUCAUGCCAAAUGGCGUCUCCGCAAGGCCUCAAAAGCUUGGGCGGCCCGCCUUCGUCUUCGAGCGAAGGUCGGCCGUUUCGGCCGUCUUCUCCUCUUCCCACGUCCAUCUGAGUCUCCCAGCAAAACAAGGCCCUCUCAAGGAGGGCUCCUGCACCGUGUCCCUUCUCAAAAAGCGCAGAACCCGAACGCAGGGACCCGCCUGCUCCCCCCUCCUUCAAGCGCCUGCAGGCAUUCAGCUGGUGUGCCACAGUGAGAUCUGCCCUGGUUCUGGGCGUUUGCGGCCCGAACAGUCUGCAGUUUGUUUGAUUCAUGCAAUGCUCCUCCUCUGCGCCCGAGCUCCCAGGGCGCAACGCAGAGCGCCAGUCCUAACGAAGUGUCCCUUGCCAACAUCUGCAUACUCAAAGCCGUCCUGGCGGGUGAAGUUCUGCAUCCAGGCAGCUUCACGCCCGCCAUCAGAAGGCAACGAAGGGGACGAGUCCAAUGAGCCCAAAGGCGAUACCAAUUGCAGAGUUUUGCCGGGAGCCUCUUGCAGCCUCAUGUGCCGUCAAGAUGAUGCCGAGACCUGGUUUGAGCCCAGAAGAUCGGCCCCAAGCCGUUUGCAGGCCGACGGUAUCUUGGCAGAGGCUGUCGACCUUGGUAGCUUCGCCCUCCAGGCCCAGGCUGUCCACUCCUGUGAGCCUUAG